GGGAAGGUUUCGCGGCAUCGGCGCAACGGCCGCCGCCACCAUGUAUACGUCCAAGAUCGACACAACCCUCGAGUUCCCAUUCGAUCCCCUACGUGAAUACCACAAGGAUAGUUCGGUGAUUCCGUGGCGCGAAUACCCGUUCAAACAAAAAACGAUCGACAGUGUGGUGCAAAAAGUCCCUGGGAGCACGGUGCUCCAAGCGGCAGGAGCAUUGCUCAUGGGCCACGGAGUCGAAUCCAAAGCCGUGUCCAUGUUCAACUUAUGCUUGUCUUCCGACCAUUGGGUCGACUUCGAACGCCGGUUCCACGACGAAAGGGACGCGUUUGCGGUCGCCAAGACCGCGUACAUUCACGAUAGCUCGUCGCACCUGCGGGCGCGAUUCAAAGCGGACGCGGCACGGGCUGCCCUUGACGCUGAGGUGCAGGCAGUGGCGGCAAAACAUGCAACGAUGAAAGUACUUCGCUACGACAACGGCGACAAGUAUGAAGGCCAAGUGUGCGAUCGCGACAGAGUUUGGAUUCCACAUGGAGAGGGAACGCUGUACGUUUGCGAUGUAUCGCAGCAAGACCCGCUGCUGCCCCCCGUGCUCCUUGUGCGGUACCGAGGCAUGUGGAUGAAUGGAUGGAUGCACGGCCAUGGGCGCUACCAUUGGGACGACGGCAGCUCGUGGGACGGUCCCUUCCUUCGAAAUGAAAUGCACGGGCGCGGCCUGUACCGCAGCGAGCCGGAAGCCGAGCCCGACGAGACUGACCUCGACUGGACUCCCACACCAACGCUCGUGCGGUACUACUACGGUGGCUCGCAUAUUUGCUGGGGCAGCGAACUACAGACUCACUCGCGCAUCCGCAUCUUCACGCACGUCGGAGCAACUACGUCGGGACGCCAAACCAACGUGGCCGUUCUGGACCUUCCAUACGUGGACGGGUGUGUCGCCGACUACGACGCAACAACGGACCGACACCUCAUCCAGGUCCACGAGCGACCAGAUCGAUGGAUGUGUUUGUCUGGCAUGCAUUUCAAACUACUCUCGGCGGCGCCAUUAGGACCAUUCAUUCGUUAACAUGAUCAAAGGUGGCAAUCUGCAAAGCCCCCCGAGCGCCUAUGUGCUUGAUGGGGUCGGUGGGGCAGGGAUGGACACGGCACCCGCCUUGGUGACAGCGUCCUUGGAGCAGCGCUCACGUACACUUCCGACGAUUCGAAUUCACUUGGCAGCGGUGUGACGGGACCGAACGUCGCAAGAACGUGUGCUAAAUAGAGGUUUAGUGUUCUGGUUUUACUGCAGCCUUCUCUCGUAGGUCGCCACCACGACCCCCUCCGGCAAGGAACGCCGACGCGAGGCUAGCGGACGGAUCGGCCUUUUGCAUUUGUCUCCACGCUUGCAUGGACGCGUGCUCAAACCGGCGGUACGCGUUUCGAUACGCCGACAAGAUCGAGUCGGUAAACCGACCCACUUGAAACGACGUGUCUUCGUCCACGAGCGCGUCCUCCGCUGUCGUCAAUGCGUCAGUCGGCGUGCUGGCCCCAAGGACACCCGACGCGUUGACAUGAGUCGGCGACACAGUGGCAUGUGUCAACGGCGUCGAGAUCUCGGUGAAGAACGUGACGAUAGUGCCAUCCGUAUGCUGCUCAACCAUGGCCCUACCACAGCCUGCCGUCAAAGAAGUUUAUGCACAUCAGCACGAUACCAGCCGCUACCGUGAAACGUGAGGGCUGUAGCAUCAAGCGGGACCAAGGCGUCUUCAAUGAUAUUCCGCCACACGACAAUGUGCCGUGUGUCCUCCAUGAAUCGCUUGAUGAGAAGCCUCGAUUCCGCGUAAAGGUCCUUGUCGGCACUGUCGCUGUGGUGGUUGCCAAUUCGCCAUCGGCUCUUCAUGUACACGACGUCGUCGCCGACAGAGGCGAGACGCUCGAAAGAAGAACCGGAUGCAGCAUGGGUGACGUCGCCAAUAUCUCCAUUGAGAAAACUCCACAGGGCAUAGCCCAAGAUGUGGUGAGGAACGUGCGGAAACAUGAGACGGUUGAAACUCUCGAUGACGAUGCCAGGCACGACCCCAUCGUCGAGGUACUUUACAGUCGUGGACUUGACUGUCUGAGCUGCUGGAGACGAUCUGUCCGCAGACUCGCUUUGCAGGAUACUGUGCAGAACUUUGUUGUACUCACGAUCAGCAAUUGCGUGAAUUGCAGUGUGCCGGGCCUCAACGUCUGCCACGAGUUUAAAAUCGCGCAACGCGUUGCUGGCCGUAGACGGGAGGUCGAGCACUCGGGGUUUCUUGCGCACGAUGCCCGCCAGCGUUUCGGCAAACGCGAGUUCUUCUUGCAAAGCUGCGCGGAGCCGCGCGUUCUCCAUGAACGCAAGUUGGGUUUGCAUCUGCUGCUCGGCGGCAAGGUCCUUCCACUCGGAUCCCGAUUGCAGUUGGUUUGCCUGCAUGUUCCCAAGAAAGUCCAUUUGCUUUUGUAGCGCGUCUACUGUGUCUCGGAGGUACUCGAGCUCGAGCUUUUGGCGGUUGACGUACUUCCGCUUUUUGCCAAGACCUCCUGAAGUCGUCGACGACGACGACCCAUCGUCCAAGCUCUCUUCACUCAAUACGUUUUCAAGGCCCGCCGCGUCCCCCAUAGAUCCAAGCACGAGAUCGUUGAAGUCGAAGACGGUCUUCUCGUCGUGCAUAAAGGCAGAGUCCAUGACGAGAGAACUGUUGUCGUGGGAAGCGGUCACAAGCGGUCGCGGGUGGCGGCUGUACACAGUUGUGAACAAGAUUUGCGCGGAAAAUUGUGCGGGAGACGUUGCGACUGGCUUUCACG